UAUACCGGAAAUAAAGAAGAAAAAAACAGGUUGUCAUGUGACUAUCAACAUGUCUGCAACACUACCAAGCGAACAUUUCAACAACUUGCAGCUUCUUCUUAAGGCUCCAUCCAAAGAUGCUGUGAAGGACGUUUGUGUGAAAAGUCAUCAAGGUCUUAGUAGCUCACUGACUCAAAGCACAGCCACCACGCUUGCCAUCCCCGAAGCUCAAGCUGCAGAGCUGGUCCACUCACUUCACGCCCUGUCUCAUCACGUCAUCUUCCACAACCUGAACUCCCCUGAGCAGAUCCUCCAUCUUUUCCCUGAGUCAUUCCACUCCAGCCUGAAGAACUUGCUCACCAAGAUCCUUUUGGAGAACAGUGCAGCGUGGAAAACACAAGCAGUCAGUAAUCAGAUCUUCCUCCCCCGGCUGAAGGAGCUGGACUGGAGGGUCAACAUGGUGACAAGCUCAGACUCCGUCAGUCGCAUGUGCGUCCCGACUUGCCUGGUCCAGUUUAAAACAGAGGAGCCGUGUCCUACCGGAGGAGGUCAGUCGGUUGCCGUGGCGACUGUGGAGCUAAGCAGAGAGAGCGUGGACACCAUGCUGGACGGACUGGGACGCAUUCGGGACCAACUGUCUGUGGUCGCUGGCAAAUGAAGGCUUCCUAGGUGACUGCCUGACAAUGUGUUGGUAUGGUCCAGCCUUAUGUUGACUAAUGCAAAAUAACAGUAUUCUCAGUUUUUUUUAUUCACACCAUUAUAAAAUAUAUAACAUUUA